GAAGAAGCUGCGCCAAGGGGAGGGAGGGCAUGUUGGGUCAGAAGCCUGGGCAUACUCACAGGCACGCUGACCUUGGACGGCUUGGAGCAGGCUUCAGUUGCCGCGGGUGGAUUUCACACCUGCGCGCUGCAGAAUGAUGGUCAGCUGGUUUGCUUUGGCCACGCCGCGGCUCUACCGCAAGACCGGGGACUGGUGCGGUCGGUCUCAGCGGGACUCUAUCACACGUGCGUCGUGCGGGCAGAGGACGAGCACCUGGCAUGUUUCGGUUUGAAGUGCAGCGUUCCGCAAGACUUGGGACCAGUCUUGGCCAUUUCGGCGGGAGAUUACCAUACGUGCGCUGUGCGUACAGACGGCCGGCUAGUUUGUUUUGGGAGAAAUGCCGCUGGUCAGUGUGAUGUGCCAGAGAGCUUGGGCCCAGUUUUGGCGGUUUCGGCAGGUGGGGAACACACCUGUGCUGUUCGGAUGGAUGGUAAUCUAUUUUGCUUUGGAGACAAUAGCAACGGACAGUGCAAUGUGCCCGCACACUUGGGACCUGUGAUUGCUGUCUCCGCAGGUACGUCUCACACCUGCGCCAAGCGGACAGAUGGCCUGCUGGUGUGUUUUGGACGCAACCUCCGUGGUCAGUGCGAUGUGCCACCAGACUUGGGUCCGGUGUUGGCGGUCUCCGCCGGAGGAGACCACACUUGUGCAGUCCGUGCAGACAACGCGCAGCUGGUGUGUUUUGGAGACAACUGCAGAGGUCAUUGCGAUGUGCCCGUUGACUUGGGACCAAUCUUGGCCGUAUCUGCGGGAGACUACCACACUUGCGCAGUGCAGACAGAUGGUCAGCUAGUCUGCUUCGGUUACAACAAUAACGGUCAAUGCAACCCGCCAACAGGCUUGGCCAUGACACCAUCCAUGUAA